AAAGUCACAGGUGGGGCAGGGAAGGUGAGCAAGGAAGUGUUGUUUACCCCGUCAAGAACUAGGGGUCACCCAGUGGAACCAAUAGGCAGCAAGCAUAAGGAAGUUCCACUUCCCACAACACACAGUCAACCCGUGGAACUCACUGCCAGGGGACGGUGUGAAGGCCAAAGUAUAACUGGGUUCCAAACAGUAUUAGCUGAGUUCCCGGAGGAUGGAUCCCUCAGUGGCAGUUAGCCAGGAUGGGCAGGGACGCAGCUCCAUGCUCUGAGUGUCCCUAAACCUCUGCCUGCCAGAAGCUGGGACCUGAUGUUGGGACUGGAUGUUGGGUUAGCUGGACUAUUAGCCUGACCUAGUCUGGCCAUUCUUAUGAUCUUAAGCGCUAACUUGCAUUGACAUGGCAAUGGAGCCAAGCCCUGGGAGACAGCAGGGCAGCGAGCAGCUGUGGACAGUUAACAACUGGGGAGUGAAGCCCCCUCUGCAGUGAUUCAUCAUGGAGCUAGAGAGACCCUUGUGCCUCUGAGUCUGGGGAGUGGCCGCUGACAGCCAUGAUGAAUGAACAAAUGCAGGAGAUGGAGGAGGUGAGCAAGGAGCUGCUGAAGCUGCUGGCAGCAGGUGGGGCUGGGAACCUGCUGAAGAGAAGCCUGGACAAACAGGAGAAGAUGUUUGACAAGCUCCUGGAUACGCAGCUGACGGCGGCGCAGCUGGUUAAAGAUCUCCUAGCUACGGAGGAGAAAGUGGCUCAGAAACUCCUGGCGGGGGAAGAGGAGAUGCAGACCAGCCUGCAGAAAGUGCUGGCGAUGGAAGAGGCGCUGCAGAGAGCCAGUGAGGAGGACACCAGCCUGAGGGCUGACAGCAGUGCCUUGCGGAGGGAGCUGGAGGAGCUGAGGGCCGAGCUCGGGCGACUGCAGGACGACAUGGAGGACGACACUGGCAUGGUCAAUUCUGCAAUGUACAUCGCACAGCUUUAUUACAAGAUCAGCCGGCUGGACUGGGACUACGAGUGUCAGCACCCCCAGAUCAAAGGCAGUAUCCUUUCAGGGGGGGACAGACACCCCCAGAUCAAAGGCAUCCAUCAUGGCCCAGCCAUUGCUCAGCCCAUCAACAUCGACAGCAGCCAGCACUCCAAGUGCUUCGUCAGUGACUACCUGUGGAGCCUGGUGGACACGGCCUGGUGACCCUGCCCCAGGCCAGCCUCACUGAUCGGAUGGACACUGGAUGGCGGGAGCAACUAAAAGCUGGCUCGUGCCUCGACCAGCACGAGUAAGGACGGACCCAGGGGCUAAUCACAAAGGGAUUUUUUAUUAAUGUAACAAUCAGCGUUUGAAAUUAUUAAAACCAAUCUCCCAGCUUGG